CUGCUCCAACCAGUUCAAGUGUAUUUGUUUCGGGGACAGAGGAGCUGGCAUUUAAAGGAUUUUGCCACCAUCAACAAAAAAGGCCAACAGUCCAUUUCUCUUUUGCCUCUUAACCUCUCUCUCUGCCCUCUCACUCCCUCUUUCCCCAGAGGAUAAGCAAAGAGGGAUUUGCCUCAGAAGCAACAAGUGUAUAUUUCCUUGCUGCAAAGUCUCAGCGUGUGUCAGGAUGUACAGCUUUAUGGGCGGCGGUCUGUUCUGUGCCAUUGUGGGCAACAUCCUCAUAGUGGUCUCCACGGCGACAGACUACUGGAUGCAAUAUCGCCUGUCAGGCAGCUAUGCCCACCAGGGCCUGUGGAGGUACUGCAUGGCCAACAAGUGUUACAUGCAGACAGCAAGCAUAGGUGCUUCAAAGUACCCCUUGUCUCAUAAGAUGGCAUCUGAGAUUACAGGAGCUGUACUGUGGUUCGUUCAAGCAUACUGGAAUGCCACACGUGCGUUCAUGAUCUUAUCAGGAAUGGCGUGUUUUGCGGGCAUCAUGGCAGGCAUCCUCUCGUUUGCUCACUUCUCUGCCUUUGAGAGAUUCAGUCGUUCCUUCGCUGCGGGAAUCAUGUUCUUCAUCUCCACUUUCUUCGUGCUUCUGGCCAUGGCGAUCUACACCGGAGUAACCUUAAGCUUCCUGGGCAAGCGAUUCGGAGACUGGCGCUUCUCCUGGUCCUACAUACUGGGAUGGGUGGCUAUGCUCAUGACCUUCUUUGCAGGCAUAUUCUACAUGUGUGCCCACAGAAUGUAUGAAUCCAGGAGAGUGGUGGGAAGUCGCUAAUCUGAAGAAAGAAAAACUGCGAGCAGCAUAAUUUAGCAGAUACACGAUGAAUGCCUUAUAACAUUAUGCCUUUAAAGCACUGCAAAAACACACUAGCAUUUCAAAAAUAGCAUUAACAUUUUUUUUUUUUACACAAGCAAAUAUAUUUGUAUAAUCCUGCACAGAUAAAUAUACCAGUCUUCACAGAUGUCUAUUUCACUUUUCAUAAUUUUUUUCAAUAAAACUCUUCAUCAAAUCAAA